AUGUUUUUUGCAUCGUGUCCUGAAAACUCAUUAGAGAGUUUGGAUCUCUCAGGCAAUCACCUUGAGGGCUCAGUUCCUAAUCUCUCAAAGUUUUCAUCAUUGAAAAAAUUAUACCUCCAGGGGAACCGUUUAACCGGAAGACUACCUGAAAGUAUUGGACAAAUGUCCAACCUAGAGGAUAUCCUUUUAGGCGAGAACUCUUUCACCGGAGAGAUUUCAGAAAUCCAUUUCUCAAAACUCUCCGAAUUAAGAUGGUUGAAUUUGUCCUACAACUCAUUUGUAUUCAACCUUGAUACUGGAUGGGUUCCACCUUUUCAAUUGAGUGUGAUAAGUUUAGCAUCUUGCAAGAUUGGACCGCGUUUUCCAGAAUGGCUUCGAACUCAAAAGAGUUAUUUUGAUCUUGACAUCUCUAAUGCUGGAAUUUCUGGUAUUCUUCCAAGUUGGUUUUGGGGUCAAAUUCCACUUGAUUUAGGGUAUAUGGAUCUCUCUCACAACCAAAUUGGAGGAACAUUGUUUCCGAAUUCGGUAUUAGAAGGAUUUACACAUAAUCCUCUGAUCAAUAUGAGUUCAAAUCAAUUUGAAGGUCCAAUCCCUUCGGUUCUAUCAAAAGUAUCUUCUUUGGAUCUCUCCAAUAAUAAACUUUCAGGAUCAAUUUCUUUCUUGUGUGCAAGCAAAGGUAAUGACAGUAAUUUAACCAUUCUUGAUCUCUCAAGCAACCAUCUAGUUGGAGACCUUCCAGAUUGCUGGACACCUUUCAAAAAUCUAAUCUUUCUUGAUUUAAGUAGCAAUGCUUUUUCCGGAAAAAUUCCCACCACAAUAGGGUCUUUGUUUUCUGUGAUGACAUUGAAACUAAACAUCAAUGGAAUUGUAGGGGAACUGCCUUCAUCCUUGGGAAAUUGCAGAAACUUAAGAGUCUUUGAUAUUGGUGAAAAUAAUUUAUCAGGUUUGGUGCCUGAAUGGUUAGGGGUUGGACUUACAAAUUUGACUAUCCUUAUCCUGCGGUCCAAUCAAUUCAAUGGAAGCAUGCCCUCACAAUUAUGUCAUCUGAAGAAAAUUCAAAUUUUGGAUUUCUCGAUCAACAACAUCUCAGGAUUUAUACCCAAAUGCCUCCACAACUUUACAAGUUUGGCUCAAAAUGAAUUUUCAGCUACUAUUGCACCCAGGAUCAGUCAAGAAUACUCAAUUCCUAUCCAAGAGAAGGGGAUUUAUUUUGGCGAGUACGCCGAUGAAGCAUCCCUGAUAUGGAAAGGAACAAUGUCGAAAUACAAAUCUAUUCUAGGGCUAGUGAAGAGUAUUGACCUCUCAUGCAAUAGAUUAACUGGGGAGAUUCCUAGUGAAAUCAGGUUUCUUGUUGGGUUGGUUUCUUUAAAUCUGUCGAGAAACCAAUUAAUAGGUACAAUACCACGGGAGAUUGGAAGCUUGCAGUCAUUAGACUCCCUUGAUUUGUCAAGAAACCACUUGUAUGGUAGAAUUCCUUCAAGCCUUUCUCGGAUAUCUCGUCUCAGUGUGUUCGACUUGUCAGACAACAACCUGUCUGGAAUGAUUCCAAUAGGUACUCAGAUCCAAAGCUUUGAGCCAAAUGCUUUUGCUGGAAAUCGUCUUCUUUGUGGACCUCCUCUUCCAAGGUUGUGUUCUGAUCAUGCAGAGAAAACAGGCGACCGAGAAGAAGAAGAAGAAGAAGGGAAGGAUGAGCUCAUAACGCAAGGAUUUUAUAUCAGUAUGGCACUUGGGUUUGUCGUUGGGUUUUAUGGAGUUAUUUGCCCUCUUCUCUUCAAAUAA